CUCGAUUUUCGAUUGUGCUUCCUCGGAUUGUGGAAAUGGAGAUUUUCCGUCGAAAUAUUUUUGUUUCUGUGUUUCUGUCAGGACUUUUCCUCGCUCUGCUCAUCAAUCAGCAACAAAGCCUACCUCUUCUUCUACCCCCUCGUCAAAGCCACCCCCUUCCUCACCUCCUAAGAAAAAGUCAACCCCUUCCUCACCUCCUAGCAAAAAGUCCCCUCGCUCUACUCCCACUUCUGUUGGAUAUAAAAGUACAAAAGCCAUUGAUGACAAAAUCAAAGUAACUGGAGUAGACCCUGCACAAGCCGUGGUGAAUAAACAACAUGAUGUAAAGGUUGAAGGAUCGGGUUUCAAAGCCGAAAAAAAACUGUUUUGCUCACUUAUGAUAUCAAAUAAACCACGUCAAAUCGGCAAGGCAAAGUUUGUCAGCGGUUCAAGACUCAUCUGCCCAAUAUCAGCCAGGAUGACUAUGAGCUACGCACAAGCCAAACAGUUAUGCAUUGUCGGCGAUAAACAGAAAGUCUGUAUUGGCUUUAAAUUCAAAGCACCUGCUCCUCGUCCUAAAAAAUGUGAAAUAAUARCCAAUUUAAAUGGAUUUUCCAUAACCUUUGACCGACCACUGAAAAAAAAAGACGCAUCGAAGAUUUUCUCCCAGAAAACGAAUGACGCCAUAUCCAAGUGUGGAUGGUACAACAACGGRCGAGCGUUAGUCGUCACACCUAAGAAACCUUGUGACAUGGAAAAGGAGUUUCCUGUUGAAAUAAUGUAUARAAGCCUUCAAAAUGCCAAUACUGAGGACGUGAUCUAUGAUAGAAAUGUGUCGGAGAAGAUCACUUUGCAAUGYCCGGCACUCAAACAAAACCAAAUGAAGCCUAUCAAGAUUAAGUUACAGUCCACUAGGACUCAAUAUCCUGGCGCACCAUUUAGAAUCAAGAUGAAAGUUUCUGGGGUGCGUAAACUUAAGAUCAAAUGGACGGUAACAUUACCACGUGGUGUAAAGGAAACUAACGAGAUAAAGCAGGACAUUUUAAAGCUUAAAUUAAAGUUAUCCAAGGCUAUGAGUUUGGUUGUAAUUUCCAAGUUCCACAUACUACCUGGCAGUACGUACAUUUUAAACGCGACAGUCUCAGACUGCACUCGAACSACAACUGCGUCUUUGAGUCUGACAAGAAAAAUCGAACAGAGUGMGAUAUCUGAAUUUAUCAUUGAAUAUCGUAAAAAAGGAAACAGGAUUGUUUUAUAUGUUGAUAACUUAAAAGUUAAGGAGCGAGUCUCAUUUAUCUGGUCGUGCAAACCUAAAAGUAAAGGACGAAUUAUAGUUUUGAAGAAUCUCCCUCCAGGAAAGCAUGAUUGUAAUGUGACAGUGAUAACUACGAGAAAGAAAAUGAAGACGAAGUCCAUUUCAUUUAUUAAAGAAAGUCAACCUCUGACAUGUGACAUCAAAGAUGGCAACCGAGAGGUCGGACAAAACGAUAAAGUAUUGUUAAGAGCUGAWGCAGAAGAUCCAGAUGAUGACAAGGCAUCUUUGUCAUACUCGUGGUCAUGUUAUAAGCAUAACRUAUCAGGAUCUCCAUGCACCCUGAAAAACAACAGCGUAGCGAGAUUCCUAAAAAAGCAAAGAAUGUCAGUGGACAUGUUCAAAAUAGAAGCAAAUACGAACAAUCCGUUGAUGUUCGUGUUAAAGGUUUCUAAAGAAAAUAAAAAGUAUUGUGAAUCGACAGUCAACAUCACUGUUAAACAAGGAUCACCGCCUACAUGCAAACUUCGAGUACSAAAAAAACCAUUUGAUAGUACCAAACAAAUAAARUUCAAGGGCACCGUUGUUAGUAAAAGCACCGCAGCCAACUACUGGAUCGAACUGUACAAUGAGGAAGGUAUUCUCAUAGACACCACUGAUGUAUGGUUGAAAAAUAGUAAUAAAGGCGUGGUUAAAGGGAUCGGACGUCGAAGGAAUCCCGUAUUUAUCCUUAAACCAAACACAUUGACAGAGAAAUCUGUUUACGUAAUAAAAUUAACGUGUCAGGAUGCUGAUAAUCAAGAAAUCCAAUCGCAUGCUGAAGCAAAGUUAACAACCUCGUCUGGAUUAACCAUAGGACCAGUUUCCGUGGAUAAAAAUGAAGGCACAUCUGGGUUUAAUGACUCCUUUACCAUUGAUAUUAACGAAUCAGGAGAUGAASAAACAASCUCUGCAACGCUCGAGUAUCGUUGCGGAAUCAAAAAAGUCAAUAAACGUAAUGUGACAAAAGUKAUAUAUUAUGGAGSCUCGUCUCAGUAUGGUUCUUUUGAGCUUCAUCUUCCACCAGGACGGSCAGACCAGAACUUCGAAGUUGAAGUGAUUCUUGAGAAGUGCACAGAUGAUCGACCAAAAAUAUGCGUUGAAACCUCGGUUACCUUCAUUGUAAGACCAGCAAAGGGCAAAACCAUGGAACAAGCAAACCAAACCCUGAACGAAAAUAUUAAGGCUGGURACGUUGAAGGCAUGCAAAAGGUCAUCGCAACAGCGCUUUAUGACAAUGGUGAGGAAAAAAGAGACGAGCAAGCACAAAAAGAAGUAAAUAAACUGUGUACGGAAUCCUUUAAAGCGGUAUCGAACAUAGAAGAAAAAGGAGAGAUUGUAGACGAAAAUAGAGAGGAAGCUCAGAGAGUCAUCGCGGAUUGCUCUAAACAGACAGUCGCCGAGGAAGUGCCUGAAGAAGUAAAAAGGAAACUUCUCAAAUCUGCAGGUGAUAUGAUCCGAAAACAAAAUCUKCCGGAAGAAAGCGAGCAGAAUAGUGGCAGUAAACGCAAAAGACGAGCAGCUAUCAGCGAACCUACUAGUCUUGUAGUUACAGGGAAAACCCCUCAAGAGGUGGAGCUUGCACUUCAAGCCCACGAUAAUCUUAUCAAUAUGACCAAAUAUAGUUCAGAGGCGAUGGAACAAAAAAGGCAGUUCAUUGACCUUGCUAAAAAUCUUAGCCAGUCAAUGUGCAAUGGAAUAGACAACGGUGAAGAAGCAAGAGUAGUGGAACUAAACAACAUGGUUUUAAGAAGCGUUAAAGACUCAUUUGAAGAUGUCGAUGUCAACUAUUCAUACACUGGUUGCGAACAGUGUACAACUUACAAGAGCAAAUCCGCRCAAGUGAUUUUGGGUAAAUCUUUAAAAGAUGAUUAUGAAGACUGGAAUUGUGAUGACGAUGUUGAUGGAUGCAAUGGUGCAUGCGUUGUAUCAACUCAGAUUCUUCAUGACAUGCUUCUAAACAGCACCUAUAGKGAGGUGACGAGAGCCAGCGAUAUCAUAGAAGUCCAGCUGUUUAACCCAAAGACGUAUCUAGCAAUAUUGGUAUCGAAACAAGCCACACCUGUUACGUACAAAAUCCCUGUGUAUAAUGACGUUGACAUGGGCAAGGCUAGUCUCAAGUGUCAUCGAUGGGAUGCAGGUCUCAAUACCUGGACAACAUCAGGUAUCACCACUGUAUCGUUCAAUACCAAUGACAAGACAGUUACCUGUGCCGCAGAUCAACUACACCAUCUCACUAUCUUCGACACUAAAGAAGAAAUAACGACAACUACAGCUGCUACUACCAGGACUAAUACAACUACCACAGKUAAGAUUACUGAAGGUGUCACAACACAGAAGGAAGAAUCCACUAGCUCAGUCGAAGGUCCCGUAACAACAAAUGAGCCAACACCUCAGACUAACAAAAACAGUGCAAAARAAGUCAAGUUUUCACUGGAUGCUGACUACGACCAUCAUGUCAGUAAUGACGUAGAGCAAUUCAAACGAAUGUUAAGGACGGACAUUGCCAAAAAGCUUGUCAUCGAUGAGAACAGAAUCGAAAAUCUGAAAGCUGAGAAAGGAAGCAUCAUUGUGACGUUUACCUUGUUGUCAAGAAACGACAACGACCCAAGUGUAGAAACGCUUACUGGUCAAUUAGAGAAAAUGGUCAAAACGGGAAAUUUGACUUUCACAACAACUGAUGGCAAAACAUUGAACGUCAUUACAUCAUCAUUCACGAAACAAGACCCCAAGCCAACCUUCACAGAGAACCCAACUAGCGACAACUCGGGCGGUCUUAAACAAGAGGUUCUCAUCGGCAUUAUUGCCGGGGUGUGUUUGAUUGUCUUGUUGGUGAUUGUGGUCGGUKUGUACUGUCGUUUCAAGUCAAGGAAAAAAGUCAAAGGUUGCGAUAAUGAUUCUAUGAAAUCAACACAAUCUGUGCAAGGUGUCUCCAAUGAAUAUGUUGAGGUAGAAGAAAAAAUGCCAAUUGAACUGUCCGGAAUCAGAUCUUCUCUGCCUGGUUCUCCUCUUUACGACAAUCACGAAUAAAUGGGUUGAAUUGGCGGGAACACCCUUCUUUUUACAUGACCCCAUUUUGUAUUUCAUCGCUUUUUUUAUCUUCUUACAUUUUCAAUUUUUAUUACAACUUUUAUCGAAACCAUUUCGCAAUCUCAUCAAUUUUCUUAUUMAAUUGGUGGUUUUUCAGAUCUCGCCCACUGUGACGUGAUUUAUCCGCGUCCUUUGGGUGUUAUACUUUCAGCACUAGCACGCAGCACUAAAUAUGAUCACGUGACAUAGUUCAUCAGAAUCCGAUAAUACAUUAUUAAACAAAACGUACGAAAUCCCUAAAAAGUAUUAACCGAAAAGUAAAUAGAAAAACGGUUAUUAUUGGUUUUGUGCAGUUAAAAAAUUCCAUGAUGUCUAUCGGUCUCCGAUCUUCUAUUUACACUGACUGUACUAUCGGGUAAACACACGAAACACAGCUAAUCCAGAAGACAGUUAUCGUUAAUAAGAAAGAACAGGAGAGAAAAAAAGGAAAGAAAAUUAAGUAUGGGUGGGCUAUGUUASGAAAACAUAGGAGAAGGGAAAGACACGAUCUUCACCUAUGUCUCAGAGAAAAGCAAAGAAAAGUAACGGUUAAGGAGGGCACACUCUUCUUAAUAUUUAUMAUCAGAUAACGUCAGUGAAUGCAAUACUGAGUAAUAAUGCAAUGUGCAGUGACGCCAUUUUGUGCAGCAAAGCAUGAUGGUAGUUCUAGUCCUCGCACUUUUCAUAGCACCUGAAAUAUCUCCUUAAAAGCCAUKUUUUACARUUUCUUUUUAGAAUUUCGUUUAGAAAAAGGAAAAUGGGUUAUAGGACGACUGUUYUAGCGGACAUAAAAAAGUGCGAGGACUACCAUCAUCCUUUGCUGCAAAAUGGCGUCACUACACGUUGACUAUUGCAAUAUUUUGACGUCACUCUGCUGUUUUUGGAAUCCUUUCUUUAGCACAGGAACCCUGACACCCAAAACAUUUUACGAUUGUUAUCCUAUACCUUAGUUCACUUUUAGCUGUGAUCAUAGCAGAGCUUGUAGCUCUUCUUCUAUGUUGCUGGAAAUGAAAAUAUAACUUUCAGGCAAGUAAUAUAUGACUCGAGUUAUAUAGGGCUGAAUGGAUGUGGUACGUUUGUACUGCAAGGAGUUUCACUCUACUAUAGUGACCAAUUUUACGGAAACCAUUGUAAAACCACAUCGAAUAUAAAUAAAAAUCACAUAC